CAGCUCUCGAGCGGCGCGUUGUUGACAUUCGAGUGAAAACCGCGAUAAAUUUCUGAUCCCGUGUGUGACCGAUUCCUGUUUUAAAAAAAACUGACACCAGCUGAAUGCUACACAAAUAAAAACAGUUAUAAUUACUGGCUCAAUGUGUAAUUGAACUGUAUUAAAAAAGUGUUUAUAUAUUUUAAUGUUUCAGUUUUUAAAAAAGUGACAAGCUAAGCGUGAUGGGGUGUGAGGAGUGAUAACACAAGUUAGUGAUCUAAUAAGAAUCCGGCAUGAUCAAUUUUUGGAAAAAUGUGUUAGAAACUCUGGGCGGGGAGGCAUGGAAGCUGAAGGUAGCCGGCUGGCUCAUCAGGGGCUCCACCACCAACUCACUUUACCACCGGGCAUCCCCGGACUUGAUGUCGUAAGAGCCCUGCACCAGACAAUUAUCUCCCUGCGAUCCGCACUGGACUCAUCGCGGGAGGAAUUGCGUCGACUCCGAGAGAUUGUUGGUGACUUUCGUGGAGAGAGCUACGUUGAGACAGUUGAACGUCUGUCGCUCGAGAACCACGUGCUGCGUCGCAGAAUUCUCGACGGAGUUAAAACCGAAGCUAUUAAGGAUGUGUCGAUUAGUUCUGCGGAAGCGGCCGCGAGGUCUAAGCUUCAGCUGUCACCAGUUUUAAUUAUUGAAGACUUGUCAGAAACAUCGCAACCAGUAAUGAGUACCGUCAUGGACACUGAACCAGAGAAUACGCCAAAGGAUUUGGACCAGGCGGAGAGCCAAAUAAAUGUUGAACAGCCGUCAAUCACAGAAGAAAAUAAAGAUGAAAAUACUUCUGUAGUAGUAAUAACAGAGUCACCUAAAACUCUCCAGAGGGAACAAAUAACUCCGGAGGUAAAUGAAAACAAAGAAAAAGAAUCUGUUGACGUUUUGGAUGCUCCCGCAACGUCCAAAGAAAUUUACGAGCCAGUGGACCUCCUCGACGUUCCAGAUAAAGAUCCUGAGGACAUGAGUCUUCGCAGCGUUUCUGACGGAGACAAUUCCGUGAUUAGCGAAAAUCCUCAGCUGCUUACGCCAGAAGUAAAACAAGAGUCGGAAAAUGAGUCUGAAGAAUUGGACGAUAUUGAGCUGAUUUUCACCACCGAGGAAUCCUGCCGCGACGUUGGACUUCAAGAGGACUUGGUUUCUAUUAUUGAUACUGAUCAUUGGCACGGUAACAAUAGUAAUACCAAUAAUAAUAAUAAUAAUAAUAAUAACAACGACUCUACCACCAACAAUAACAAUACUGGCGAACAACCAAUGUUGGCGAAGUACAAGACCGCGGACGAGGCUGGAGUCUGCAAUGGCGACAGGAUUGUCGGCAGUUCCGUCGACGAACCGGUGUCUUCUCAGAGCUCGUCAAUCGACCGUGAAGAAAGUGUCGAUCGCUUUGACGAAAGUUCAAACACAAGGUUAAACAAAAUGUGGUCACAGUGUUCGGUUCUUGUGGAAACUGACAUCAGCAAGUGUGGCGUUGUCGAAGAACCAGAACACGCGGCGAAACAUGCCGCGAGAAGAAAUACUCUUGCUGCUCCACCGACCGCAUACAGGCCCAUAAUCCACCGUGAAGCUCUAGCAGCAGGUCGUAGAAAGAGCUCGACACCAUUACGCCCGGUAAUGGACCGGAGUUGUGGCGCAAGACGUGAAUCCGGUGCACAAACAGACAUUUCAGCGCUUCCUGCCCAAUGGCGAUCAGAAAGUUAUCUGGCUCAUAAAGUUGCCCAUACAUUUACGACUCUGCCGAGCAAAUUUGCUCUUCCGACGGGUGUAGCCGGCAGACUUCGGCUCUCAGACAAGACACGCGAGGCCAGAAGAGUUAUGCUCUCCGACAUAAGUUUCACUAGCAUGGUGCCUGAAUUAUCUCGCAGUGCUGAUCAUCUCUGUCACGAUCCACAUUCUCAGAAUUGCUUCAAUUCACGUGGAUGUGGAAUCCGCACCCCAGAGGUGAACAGACGUGAGUCACUAGGGUCACCAGCAAGUUAUUGGCCCCGAUGUAAUCUCGGGGCCGGAUUACCAAGCCCCUGUGACUGUCGAUUAUCAACAGAUCUCUACUCCUCUCGAUAUCGUGGCUCCUUGACCUCAAUACCCUCGCCGGGGCUUGAAGUUGUAGGAGGACCACCUCGAAGACAUUCCUGGCGGGUUAAUGCCGCUUCCUUUGACACUUGGAAAGUGCCAACUGCGACGUCGACACCUCGCCCAACUUGGUCUUCGAUGCCCUCGUCCCCGACUCACGUCCAUCCGCUUUCAGUGUCCAAUAGAAUUAUUAAGAAUCCUCCCAAGAGAACUAGAUCCAAAGUAACCUUCCAAGAGUGUCCGAUGAUACGCGGAAGUUUGCCAAACUUACGAUCUGAUUUAAUUGUCAGUGAGAAUAGUGGUGAUUCAACAGAAUCGCUGAUUGAUGAAGCCGAAGACUACUUGAGACGUAGCAUCGACUCCAUGCUAACAAUAUCCAGCGCUGAUUAUUGGAGCCGACAGUCUGUUAGACGAAGAAGAGCACGAAGACACUCAGAGCCUGAUUUAUUUAGUGAAUGGAAUCCACCCCAAGAUGCUCGACCUUAUUUACCAAAAGUUCCACGAGAUCUCAAGUUAGAUCACCUUGUAAAAGUAAUAUCACCCGAAGGCCGCGUACUUCAAGGCAAAGUACGAUACGUUGGUCCAGUUCCCGGCAGAGAAGAGAUUCAUGUGGGUGUCGAAUUGCCAACUGAGAGCGGCUCCUCAGAUGGCACGUUUCACGGACGAAGGUUCUUCGACUGUGAAUCAGAACGUGCUAUCUUCGUACCAUUUAAAAAAGUGGUGUUAGCGUGGUGCACUACCUGACCCGAGUCAACGACCGGUUCAACCGGUACCACGAUAUUUACAACGCCCCGAAUUUUGCUGUCCCAGUACACCAUGUAAGAGAAGUUGAAUUGGUCGAUAAUCUCAAGGAAUAGUACUCUACUGAUUCUAUUAAUAUUUGCAGUGAGUAAAUACAAACAAAUCAACAUGCAUACAUUCUGUGCUACAAACAUUAAUAUUGAGUUAAGUUUAAGAAUACCUUGAGAUAAUUCGUCGGGACAUGCAAACUGAGUACAGAGAACAGAAUAUAAUAGGGAUACGAGGGUUUAAUAACGACAACAAUGACGACCAUGACAACCACGACUAUGACAUUGACAUUUUAUUUAACCUUAAGCCGGCGACUGGAAGGAAAUUAUAAUAAAAAACCCUUAUCGAUAAUAAUCAAAAGUAUUUUUAAAUGCGUAAGAAAAUCAUUUGUGCAUCGGCAAUGGCACGGAAAUUUUAUUUCAAUAAAAAUUUAUUCAUUAAAUUAUAUAUUAAUAUUAUUAUUAAAUAUCUAACGUAGAUAAAUAAUGAAUCCCGAAAAAAAUAGACCUGAAAAAAAUUUUAAACUUA